GCGCUAUGGGCGCCGACGUUCCAGGCGUCGCAAACCGCAGUCGGCGCUGAGGCAAACGAGGCCAGUGAGGCCAGUGGGGCCGUAGCACAGGCCAGGGGGGCCGAUGAGGACCGCCGCCCAGCCCAUGAGAAUCGCGGCGCCGAUGCCGCCGCGAUUGCAGGCCACAUCCUUCCGGCGCCGCCGUUGCCGCUCCAGUCCAAAGUGCCGCCCACGGCGCCGAAGGCGCCAACUCCUGAUAACUCCGUGGAAGAGCCAGAGCUUCGGAUCAUGGCGAAGCGAGGAGCGGAAGAUCUGGAGGCACGACAAGCCGACAAGCGCGUCUUCGGACGCGACGUGGCAGACCUCAACCAGCAGAAGCGGCUCGGCAUGAGAAGGCACUUGCAGACGCAGGGCUGCAACAGCUUCCUCUUCGGCGGCACCUUCGACAGCAGCAGCAUCUCUGGCGUCGCCUUCGCCAGCAGCACGUUCGCCGGCGGCGCCUUCGCCAGCAGCGCCGUCGCCAGCGGCACCUCCGCCAGCACCUUCGACGCAAGCGCCUUCCCCAGCAGCGGCGCCCUCGACAACGCCGCCGCCCGAUUGGUCGCCGUGGCUGCCCAGACACCUGACGCAGCUGAGGUGGCUGACCUCCUCUUGAGGUACGUGGCGCCGACGGGCGCGCAUCCCGUUGGCCCUCGGAGCACAGCAGUCGCCACUUCAGACCCGUGCGAGCUCCAGCCCGAGGUCGG